AUGGGUUCCGGGGAGUCAAAAGAGGGAAUACCUGUGGGAUCCGUUGCAUCAACCGAAAAUCCUCAACUGACACUCAAUUUUCAGCUUGAUGUGCGAAGAAAUGGGGAUUACUGGCGAAUCGAGGACUGUAACCUGGUCAGAUUCAUCUACGGAAUUCCACUUUUUCUCCUCAAAAUACAAAAAAUUGUCACAUUAUGGUUCUUCACCAAAACUUGUGUAGUCUACACAUCUCCAUUUUCAAAUCCGUCUGAAGAACAGAAAAAGCAUGUGGAGUUCAGAACCUUAUGGAGUUCAGAACCAUCCUCUAGAAAUGAAGCGACACCAAAGCCAGUACACAAAUCUUCACCACAAAUCGAUCACGGAACGCAAACCGAAGAGAAUCUCGAAAUAGUCAAUCAUUUUGAUGAUGAAACGGAUCAUUUCCCUGAAAACUCGACGAUCGACAAAAUCUUACUAUGCAGUGUUUGUCUGAAACAAUUCUCAUCAGAUCAAUAUCCAGUUACACUUAUUCCAUGCGGGCAUUCAAUGUGUGAAUCGUGUUGGGACAAAGAUGAAUGCUUCAAUUGUUGGGUUUGUGGACAAAGAGUCAAAAAUGGAGUGUUUUCGAAGACUUUAUUACAUUUUGUUCAACUUUUCGAAGCACAGCCUGUUCAGUUAAUUAAUGAAGAAACAAAUAAUGAGGAAGAGAUCGCUGAAAAUGAAGUUCUAUCAAUGGAAAACGAGGAAAUUGUUAAGCCUCUAAAGGAGAAAAAGUUCGAUAAGGCAAAACUUUGCAUCACUGGGCUACCGAAAGAUUUCACGGUGAACGAUGUUGUGAAUGGGCUUUUCAAGAGGUCUUAUGGCAUUGCACAUUGUGACGGACGCCCAGUCGUUUCCCUUCGAGUCACUGAUGACGACAAAUUGUUUUGUAUUGCUUACUUUAAUAGUAAAACAAGUGCUAGAAAGGCUAGACUCAAAUGCGGCUUUCAUUUGAGAGAAAAAUCACUUGCUGAUGCAACUGUGGACUUUUUAGAGAUCACUGAAGAGAAUGAGGAUUUGAUUUGUGAUCCUGUUAAAAUUGACGAGGAAUCGGCUUUAAACUGGGAGCCGAUGAUCAAGAAUUCAACGGUGAAAGAUGAAACGCCAAAUGAUGCAGUGGAUGAUUCAGUGUUGAAUCAGAUUGAAUUGCAUAUAAAGCCAACAAAAGAUCUAAAUAAGAGGAAACUUUUCAUCAGCGGUUUACCAAGAGAAUAUCGAGAGUACCAUUCUCGGAAUGAGCUUUUCAGCGACGUCGAAUUGGUGACACAAAAUGACAAACUCCAAAUCCUUUUGAUGGACACAGGAGUGGCUCAGAAUUGUGUGGUUGAGCUGAAAAAUGAGAUCGAUGCAAAAAAGGUAAUCACGAGAUGGAACGCGCAAAUUAUGGAAAAUGGAAGGCGGCUGCUCGUCGAAUAUUAUGGAAAAGAUUAUCGGGAUUUUCGAAAAAAUUAUGCCGUGAUACCAAGACCGCCUCAGCCGGUUGAGUUGCCCAAGGCACAGAAUGAAAUUCUUAAAGCGGAAACGGGAUCGUCAGCAACUACAAGUUCUAAAAGCGAAACGUCUCAGUCAAGCGCUUCAACCUCAAAAGCAUUAACAAAUUGGACAAAUCUUGCGAUUUGGCCUAAAAAUAUGACAAAAAGUGCUCUAUUCAUUAGUGGUUUGCCAAAGGGUUCAGCUGAGAAGGAGAUUUUGGAAACUUAUCUGAAUGGUGGAAAAGAUAUAAUGAAAGAAGACGGAAGGUACAAGAUGAUCACAAAACAUGCAGGAGAUGGUGUCAAUUGUAUUGUGUAUUUUCAAAAGGAAGGCGCUGCCAGACAGAUAAUCACGAAAUGGAGCAACAAAGUGAUAUGCGGUAAUUCUCGACUACUGGUUGAAUAUUUUGGAAUCUCAAAGAGGAAUUUCGGGAUAAACUAUGCUGUGAGACUAGGAGCGCCAAUCCAGCCGGUUGAGUUGCCCAAGGCACAGAAUGGAAUUCUUAAAACUGAAACGGGAUCCUCAGCAACUACAAGUUCUAAAAGCGAAACGUCUCGAUCAAGCGCUUCAACCUCAAAAGCAUCAACAAAUUGGACAAAUCUUGCGAUUUGUCCUAAAAAUAUGACAAAAAGUGCUCUAUUCAUUAGUGGUUUGCCAAAGGGUUCAGCUGAGAAGGAGAUUUUGGAAACUUAUCUGAAUGGUGGAAAAGAUAUAAUGAAAGAGGGCGAAAGGUACAAGAUGAUCACAAAACCUGCAGAAGAUGGUGUCAAUUGUAUUGUGUAUUUUCAAAAGGAAUGCGCUGCCAGACAGAUAAUCACGAAAUGGAGCAACAAAGUGAUAUGCGAAAAUUCUCGACUACUUGUUGAAUAUUUUGGGAUCUCAAAGAGGGAUUUCGGGAUAAACUAUGGUCCAAUGAUUUACGAAAAUUCAAAGAAAGCUGUUGUCAAUAAUUCUGAUCCUGAAGAGAAUUGCCGAAUACGAAUCACGCGGAUUCCAUUCGGUUUCACCGAGAAUUUCAUCAUCCAGACGCUUGAUCAGAAAACAAUCGAUGGAGUCUAUGUAUAUAUCAGAAUGGUGAACGGAAAGAAUUUGCUUGAAUUUACACCAGCUACAGGGAAAUCGGCUCUAAACGGUCAAUGCAUUGUCACGCUGAAUACAAGCAAAGCCGCUCAAACUAUAAUCAAAAAGUACAAUGGAUCCAUUUUCCCCGGUCGAUUUCAUCGCGUUCUCUGCGCACAAUCGCUCGCUUUCUGGCGCACGGCCAUAAUAGAUACCCCGUCCCCACCGUUGAUAUUUCGCUUUACCCACGUUUAUGCAACACCCUGCACCUGUGAUGAUUGGGACAUGGGCAAACGGAGAGCGGGAAGAAUGAGGCGAGCACGGCGACGUGAAUGGAUGGAUCGGGCCGAGAAGGAACGCAAGCAGGGGUGUGAAGAAGAGCAAAUCCAACAAUGGUAUCUCGAAGAGGUCUACAAGGAGAUAGCGCGCAAAAAUCAACAGAAACUCCGUGAGAAACAGAUCAAACAACUUGAG